AUGGCGGCAGCAUUCUGUUCUUCUUGUUGCGUUGUAAUUCCGUGUUCGUGGUCCUCAAGAAGAUUGCUGCAUUCUUCUGCUCAUCCAUUCCCACUUAAUUGCAGAAAUGGAAAGAGGGGGACGAGGAGGAGCAAGAGCAAGAGCCAUUUCUCAAGUACUCCAACAACUCCUCCUCCAAGUCCAAGAAAACUACUUACCAAAUGCCUCCCGCAGUCGCAGAAACAAUCUCAACUUCAACCCUCUGAGUCUGAGACCGAGACGGAAUUCGAGUUUGAGAGGCUGUUUUCCAAUCUCAACCAAGCCACCUUGAAGAGAGAAGCUGGAAGUCUACCCAGCGCCAUUUUCCUCGUCGCAGGGACUACGAUCGGUGCUGGGAUCCUUGCAAUCCCUGCAGUGACGCAAGAAUCCGGAUUUCUGGCUUCUGCAAUCACCUGCGUACUCUGUUGGAUUUACAUGGUUGUAACGGGGCUGCUAAUAGCCGAAGUAAAUGUAAACACUAUGUGCCAACUGGGUUCUGGUGGUGUAUCACUGGUAUCAAUGGCCAUGAGGACUGUAGGGAGUGUGGGAGUUCAAAUUGUGUGUUGGUCAUACAUUUUUAUACACUAUGCACUUCUUGUUGCCUAUGUAGCUCGUUCUUCAGAAAUUAUGACAAAUUUUCUCAGAAUCCCCUUAUGGGAAAGUGCAACAAUAUUUUCAUUGCUGUUGGGAGGCAUAUGCUACUUUGGAAGUCAACGCUUCGUUGGUGCGGUUAAUGGGGUUCUGGUAUUUGGAAUUAUCAUAUCUUUUGCUGCUCUAGUAGCCGUCGCAAGUGGAUACCUACAAUGGGAUGUUCUUUUGAAAGCCAACUUUCAAGCUGUUCCCAUGAGUAUACCCAUAAUUGUUCUGUCGUUUGUUUACCAGAAUGUUGUGCCUGUUCUUUGUACGAAUCUUGAAGGAGACCUGUCAAAAGUAAGGACUGCAAUUGUUUUAGGCACCAGUAUACCACUUGUUUUAUUUCUAGUCUGGAAUGCCGUGAUUCUAGGAACCAUCACAACUGUUGAAAUGAGCUCAGAUAAGAUCAUGGAUCCAUUACAACAAUUGCGAUCUACGAACGAAGUUGUUGGACCUAUUGUUGAGGUGUUCUCACUUUUUGCUAUUGCAACGUCAUACAUCGGAUUUGUUUUGGGUCUCUCUGACUUCCUUUCUGACUUGCUGAAACUUCCGGCUGGUCAGAGCCGAUCUCUGCCAUACGCAAUGACGUUGGUUCCACCAAUUGUGCUGUCUUUGCUAGACCCAGAAAUAUUCUUCAAAGCCUUAGACUUCGCUGGAACUUAUGGAGUGUUGGUGCUGUUUGGAAUUCUUCCUCCUGCAAUGUCUUGGUCAGAUAGGUACUCAAGUUCAUCCCCAGCUAUGAAAUUGCCAUUGCCACAGUUAGUUCCAGGAGGAAGGCUCACUCUUUCACUUGUAGUGGGAGGAGCUGCAUGUGUCAUUUUCUCAGAACUUCUUGAGAAGUUGGGCCACCCAUAA